AUGGUGGUUCUUCCUUCUGUUACAGGCUCCACGUGGGAAAAGACAUUUCGGCAGAUUGGCUUUGAAAGCUUAAAGGGAGCCGACGCUGGCAAUGGGAUCAGAGUGUUUGUACCUGAUAUCGGGAUGUUCAUUGCUAGUCUGACCAUCUGGCUCGUCUGUAGGAACAUUGUUCAGAAACCAGUGACAGAAGAAGCAGCACAGUGUAACCCGGAGUUUGAAAAUGAAGAAUUGGCUGGAGGAGAAAAAAUAGAUUCAGAAGAGGCACUGAUCUAUGAAGAGGAUUUAGGCGAAGGAGAUGAUGUUGAAGGCGAGUUGGAAGACAGCACAAAGUUAAAAAUGUUCCGCAGGCUUGCCUCUGUGGCUUCCAAGCUUAAGGAGUUUAUUGGCAACAUGAUAACCACCGCUGGAAAAGUUGUUGUGACGAUUUUACUGGGGUCAUCAGGGAUGAUGCUACCAUCUUUGACCUCAUCUGUGUACUUUUUUGUAUUUUUGGGUCUGUGCACCUGGUGGUCCUGGUGCCGGACGUUCGACCCCUUGCUGUUCGGCUGUCUCUGCGUUCUUCUGGCUAUUUUCACUGCGGGCCACUUGAUCGGACUUUAUUUGUACCAGUUCCAGUUCUUUCAGGAAGCGGUCCCACCCGAUGACUACUAUGCACGGUUGUUUGGUAUAAAAUCAGUAAUUCAAACAGACUGUUCCAGCACGUGGAAGAUCAUUGCAAACCCAGAUCUGUCCUGGUAUCACCAUGCCAACCCCAUCCUACUGCUGGUGAUGUACUACACGCUGGCAACUCUGAUCCGCAUCUGGCUGCAGGAACCCCUUGUGCAGGAUGAGAGGACCAAGGAGGAGGACAGAGCCCUGGCUUGUAGCCCCCUGCAGAUAACCGCUGAGAGGAGGCGGAGCCUGUGGUACGCGACCCAUUACCCAACCGAUGAGAGAAAACUUUUAUCCAUGACUCAAGAUGACUACAAACCAUCUGAUGGUCUACUGGUGACUGUGAACGGCAAUCCUGUGGACUACCGCACCAUCCACCCCGGUCUUCCCAUAGAGAACGGCCCCGCCAAAGCUGACCUGUACUCCACCCCGCAGUACCGGUGGGAGCCCUCCGAUGACUCCUUGGAAAAGAAAGAGGAAGAAGAGGAUGAGAAAGAAGAAUUUGAAGAGGAAAGGAGCCAUGAGGAGAAAAGAAGUGUUAAAGUUCACGCCAUGGUCUCUGUGUUCCAGUUUAUUAUGAAACAAAGUUACAUCUGUGCCCUUAUUGCUAUGAUGGCUUGGAGCAUCACCUACCACAGCUGGUUGACUUUCGUGCUGUUGAUCUGGUCGUGCACUCUUUGGAUGAUUCGCAACAGGAGGAAAUAUGCCAUGAUCAGCUCUCCUUUCAUGGUGGUUUAUGGAAAUCUGCUGCUGAUAUUACAGUAUAUAUGGAGUUUUGAACUUCCUGAAAUUAAAAAGGUCCCAGGAUUUUUAGAAAAGAAAGAGCCAGGAGAACUUGCCUCAAAGAUACUUUUCACCAUUACUUUUUGGCUACUGCUGAGGCAGCACCUCACAGAGCAAAAAGCUCUUCGGGAAAAGGAAGCUCUUUUAUCAGAGGUCAAAAUUGGAAGUCAGGAAAAUGAAGAAAAAGAUGACGAGCAAGAUAUACAGGUGGAAGGAGAGGCCGAAGAGAAGGAGGAAGAAGAGGAAGCAAAGGAAAAAAAGCAGGAGAGAAAGAAGGAAGAGGAAGAGGAAGUGGAGGAAGACGAUGACCAAGACAUCAUGAAGGUGCUGGGCAAUCUGGUGGUGGCCAUGUUCAUCAAGUACUGGAUCUACGUCUGUGGAGGAAUGUUCUUCUUCGUCAGCUUCGAGGGUAAAAUUGUGAUGUACAAAAUCAUCUACAUGGUGCUGUUUCUGUUCUGUGUGGCCUUGUAUCAGGUGCACUAUGAAUGGUGGAGGCGAAUGCUCAAAUAUUUUUGGAUGUCAGUGGUUAUCUAUACUAUGCUGGUGCUCAUCUUUAUAUACACUUAUCAGUUUGAAAAUUUCCCAGGCCUGUGGCAAAAUAUGACUGGAUUAAAAAAAGAAAAGCUUGAGGAUCUUGGCUUAAAACAGUUUACCGUGGCUGAACUAUUCACUCGAAUAUUCAUCCCAACCUCCUUUCUGCUGGUGUGCAUUUUACACCUUCACUAUUUCCAUGAUCGGUUCCUGGAACUCACAGACCUAAAGUCCAUUCCCAGCAAGGAAGACAGCACCAUUUACAGACUGGCCCACCCUGAAGGAAGCCUUCCGGACCUUGCCAUGAUGAAUCUGACCGCCAGCCUAGAGAAGCCAGAGAUGAAGAAGGUGGCUGAGCCUGGUGAGGAGAAACUGGAGGUAUGCCUUGAAAAAGCUGAGAAGGGUGAGCUUGGGAAAGACAGCGAGGAGGAAGAGGAGGAGGAAGAGGAAGAGGAGGAGGAAGAGACCUCAGAUUUAAGGAACAAAUGGCAUCUGGUGAUUGACCGCCUUACUGUGCUCUUCUUAAAAUUCCUGGAAUAUUUUCACAAGCUGCAGGUGUUCAUGUGGUGGAUUUUGGAAUUGCAUAUCAUCAAAAUUGUUUCAUCGUACAUUAUCUGGGUUUCUGUGAAAGAGGUGUCUCUGUUCAACUAUGUAUUUUUGAUUUCUUGGGCUUUUGCUCUGCCAUACGCCAAGCUACGCCGUCUGGCUUCAAGUGUCUGCACUGUCUGGACGUGUGUGAUCAUCGUCUGCAAAAUGUUGUACCAGCUGCAAACCAUUAAGCCUGAGAACUUUUCUGUUAACUGUUCCUUGCCAAAUGAAAACCAAACGAAUGUCCCCCUCCAGCAGUUGAACAAGUCGCUGCUCUACAACGCUCCUAUUGACCCGACAGAGUGGGUCGGCCUGAGGAAGUCCUCCCCUUUGCUGGUGUACCUGAGGAAUAAUCUCCUGAUGCUGGCCAUUCUGGCCUUUGAGGUUACAAUUUACCGCCAUCAGGAAUACUACCGAGGUCGAAACAAUCUCACGGCCCCUGUGUCUAAAACCAUCUUUCAUGACAUCACAAGACUCCAUCUGGAUGAUGGACUUAUUAAUUGUGCCAAAUAUUUCAUAAAUUACUUCUUCUACAAGUUUGGUCUAGAGACCUGUUUCCUAAUGUCAGUUAACGUCAUUGGGCAGCGAAUGGACUUCUAUGCCAUGAUUCACGCCUGCUGGUUGAUCGCUGUCUUGUAUCGACGCAGAAGGAAAGCCAUUGCAGAGAUCUGGCCCAAGUACUGCUGCUUCCUGGCCUGCAUCCUCACGUUCCAGUACCUCAUCUGCAUCGGCAUCCCUCCGGCUCCUUGCAGAGAUUACCCGUGGAGAUUCAAGGGUGCCAGCUUCAACGACAACAUCAUUAAGUGGCUGUACUUCCCAGACUUCAUUGUGCGGCCCAACCCAGUGUUCCUCAUCUAUGACUUCAUGCUGCUUCUGUGUGCCUCCUUACAAAGGCAAAUUUUUGAGGAUGAAAAUAAGGCUGCAGUGCGAAUCAUGGCAGGAGACAAUGUUGAGAUUUGCAUGAACCUUGACGCCGCCUCCUUCAGCCAACAUAACCCUGUUCCAGACUUCAUUCACUGCAGAUCAUACUUAGACAUGUCCAAAGUAAUCAUCUUCAGCUACCUCUUCUGGUUCGUGCUCACCAUCAUCUUCAUCACCGGGACCACCAGGAUCAGCAUCUUUUGCAUGGGUUACUUGGUGGCCUGCUUCUAUUUCCUGCUCUUUGGGGGCGAUUUGCUAUUGAAACCCAUCAGGAGCAUCCUGCGCUAUUGGGACUGGCUGAUUGCAUACAACGUUUUUGUGAUUACAAUGAAAAACAUACUAUCAAUAGGAGCAUGUGGAUACAUUGAAAAAUUGGUUCAAAAUAGUUGCUGGUUGAUCCAAGCUUUCAGCCUGGCCUGCACAGUCAAAGGCUAUAAAAUGCCUGAUGACGACUCCUCCUGUAAACUGCCCAGUGGUGAAGCAGGAAUUAUCUGGGACAGCAUAUGUUUUGCCUUCCUCCUGCUGCAAAGAAGAGUUUUCAUGAGUUACUAUUUUCUACAUGUCGUGGCAGAUAUAAAAGCUUCACAGAUCCUGGCAUCAAGAGGGGCUGAACUUUUCCAGGCCACAAUUGUGAAGGCUGUAAAGGCCAGAAUUGAGGAAGAGAAAAAGUCAAUGGACCAGCUGAAGAGACAGAUGGAUCGCAUCAAGGCCAGGCAACAGAAAUACAAAAAGGGUAAGGAGAGGAUGCUGAGCUUGACCCAGGAGUCAGGGGAAGGCCAAGACAUCCAAAAGCUCUCUGAAGAGGAUGACGAAAGAGAAGCAGACAAACAGAAAGCCAAGGGCAAAAAAAAGCAGUGGUGGCGGCCUUGGGUCGAUCAUGCUUCCAUGGUCAGGAGUGGAGAUUAUUAUUUGUUUGAAACGGAUAGUGAAGAGGAGGAAGAGGAAGAAUUUAGAAAGGAAGAUGAAGAACCUCCAAGAAGGUCAGCUUUCCAGUUUGUUUAUCAAGCCUGGAUUACUGACCCUAAAACAGCACUCCGUCAGAGGCGCAAAGAGAAAAAAAGGUCUGCAAGAGAAGGUCAGAAACGCAGGAGAAAGGGAUCUGGGGAGGGUCCCGUAGAGUGGGAAGAUCGAGAGGAUGAACCAGUCAAAAAGAAGUCUGAUGGACCAGAUAAUAUCAUCAAGAGAAUAUUUAAUAUUUUGAAAUUUACCUGGGUCCUGUUUCUGGCAACAGUGGAUAGUUUCACAACUUGGCUUAACUCCAUUUCAAGGGAGCAUAUUGAUAUAUCCACCGUUCUGAGAAUUGAAAGAUGCAUGCUGACCAGAGAAAUUAAAAAGGGCAACGUUCCCACUCGGGAGAGCAUCCACAUGUACUAUCAGAACCACAUCAUGAACCUGUCCCGAGAGUCUGGACUGGACACCAUUGACGACCGUCCUGGUGCUGCUUCAGGUGCACAGACAGCCCACAGGAUGGAUAGCUUAGAUUCACAUGACAGUAUCUCCAGCUGCUACACUGAAGCAACCAUGCUGUUCUCAAGGCAGUCUACCCUUGAUGAUUUAGAUGGACCAGAAACUGUUCCUAAAACAAGUGAGCGUGCUCGACCUAGGCUCCGUAAAAUGUUCAGCAUGGAUAUGUCCUCCUCAUCAGCUGACAGUGGCAGUUUAGCAUCCAGCGAGCCCACCCAGUGCACCAUACUGUCCUCGCGCCAGGGGACCACGGAAACCAUCGAGGAGGUGGAAGCCGAGCAGGACGAGGAAGCCGAGAGGGACGAGGAGGCCGAGGAGGCGGGGGUCGGGGACGCAGACGAGGCGGGUGAGGAGGCCCCCGAGGAUGGUGAGGAGGGCGACGAGGAAGCCCCGCCGUCCUACAGCAAGGCCGUCAGCCUGGAGCGCCUGUCCUUGGACUCGCGGGAUGGCUCUGCAGGCCGGAACCACAUGGCGGUCAGCCCCGACGACAGCCGCUCCGACAGGCUGGAGUCCAGCAUCUUACCGCCCCUGACUCACGAGCUGACGGCCAGCGAGCUGCUGCUGAACAAGAUGUUCCAUGACGAUGAGCUCGAGGAGUCGGAGAAAUUCUACAUUGGCCAGCCCCGGUUCUUGCUGCUGUUCUAUGCCAUGUACAACACGCUGGUGGCCCGCUCAGAAAUGGUGUGCUAUUUCGUGAUCAUCCUCAACCACAUGGUCUCUGCCUCCAUGAUCACCCUGGUGCUUCCCAUUCUGAUCUUCCUCUGGGCCAUGCUGUCUGUCCCUAGGCCUAGCAAACGGUUCUGGAUGAUGGCCAUUGUCUACACAGAGGUGGCCAUUGUGGUCAAGUAUUUCUUUCAAUUUGGGUUCUUUCCCUGGAACAAGAAUGUGGAAUUGCACAAAGAUAAACCUUACCACCCACCUAAUAUCAUAGGAGUGGAGAAGAAAGAAGGUUAUGUCCUUUAUGAUCUCAUUCAGCUCCUGGCUCUGUUUUUCCAUCGAUCAAUUUUGAAGUGCCACGGCUUGUGGGAUGAAGAUGACGUCUCUGACAGUGGCAUGGACAAGGAAGAGUCAGAUGAUGAGCUCUCCCUCAGUCACGGCCGAAGAGCCUCCUCCGAUUCUCUGAAAUCCAUCAACCUGGCUGCGUCCGCGGAGUCGGUGCACGUGACCUUCCCAGAGCAGCUGGCGGCUGUCCGGAGGAAGCGCUCCGGCAGCAGCUCCCAGACGUCGCAUAGGUCCAGCUUUUCUUCAAACAGAUCCAAAAGAGGCAGCACAAGCACCCGAAACAGCAGUCAAAAAGGAAGUAGUGUUUUGAGCGUUAAGCAAAAAAGCAAAAGAGAGCUUUAUAUGGAAAAGCUUCAAGAACAUUUAAUCAAAGCAAAAGCAUUUACUAUAAAGAAGACUCUGCAAAUAUACGUGCCCAUCAGACAGUUCUUCUACGACCUCAUCCACCCAGACUACAGCGCUGUGACUGAUGUGUACGUGCUCAUGUUCCUGGCUGACACUGUCGACUUCGUCAUCAUCGUCUUUGGCUUUUGGGCCUUUGGGAAACACUCAGCAGCAGCAGACAUCACCUCCUCGCUGUCCGAGGACCAGGUCCCUGGGCCGUUUUUGGUGAUGGUCCUCAUUCAGUUUGGAACCAUGGUGGUGGACCGAGCACUGUACCUCAGGAAGACUGUAUUGGGAAAGGUCAUUUUCCAGGUCAUUCUUGUGUUUGGAAUUCACUUCUGGAUGUUCUUCAUCUUGCCCGGUGUGACUGAGAGGAAAUUCAGCCAGAAUCUGGUGGCUCAGCUUUGGUACUUUGUGAAGUGUGUUUACUUCGGGUUGUCUGCCUACCAAAUCCGUUGUGGUUACCCAACGCGCGUCCUUGGAAACUUCCUCACAAAGAGUUACAAUUAUGUCAACCUCUUCUUGUUUCAGGGGUUCCGCCUCGUUCCGUUUUUGACUGAGCUGAGGGCCGUGAUGGACUGGGUGUGGACAGACACGACCUUGAGCCUCUCCAGCUGGAUCUGUGUGGAGGACAUCUAUGCUCACAUAUUCAUCCUGAAGUGUUGGCGGGAGUCAGAAAAAAGAUACCCACAGCCGCGGGGGCAGAAGAAGAAGAAAGUGGUGAAGUACGGCAUGGGGGGCAUGAUCAUCGUGCUGCUCAUCUGCAUUGUCUGGUUUCCUCUUCUCUUCAUGUCUCUGAUCAAAUCUGUCGCUGGGGUGAUCAACCAGCCCCUGGACGUCUCGGUCACAAUCACCCUGGGAGGGUACCAGCCUAUUUUCACGAUGAGUGCCCAGCAAAGCCAGUUGAAAGUUAUGGACCAGCCAAAGUUUAAUAAAUUUGUGAAAUCUUUUUCUAGGGACACUGGUGCCAUGCAAUUUCUGGAAAAUUAUGAAAAAGAAGACAUAACAGUAGCAGAACUGGAAGGAAACUCAAAUUCUUUGUGGACCAUCAGCCCUCCCAGUAAGCAGAAAAUGAUACAGGAACUCAUGGACCCCAAUAGUAGCUUCUCUGUUGUUUUUUCCUGGAGUAUUCAGAGAAACAUGAGUCUGGGUGCAAAAGCAGAAAUAGCAACAGACAAGCUUUCUUUUCCUCUUAAAAACACUACGCGAGAGAAUAUAGCUAAAAUGAUAGCUGGCAACGACACAGAAAGUUCCAAAACACCGGUGACUAUAGAAAAGAUCUACCCAUAUUACGUGAAAGCGCCCAGUGAUUCUAACUCAAAACCCAUAAAGCAACUUCUGUCUGAAAAUAAUUUCAUGAAUAUCACCAUCAUUUUGUCCAGAGACACUUCAACUAAAUCUAACAGUGAGUGGUGGGUUCUCAACCUGACUGGAAACAGAAUAUACAACCAGCAUGCUCAGGCCUUGGAGCUGGUGGUCUUCAAUGACAAAGUCAGCCCCCCUAGCCUGGGGUUCCUGGCUGGCUAUGGUAUCAUGGGACUGUAUGCUUCAGUUGUCCUCGUGAUUGGGAAGUUUGUCCGUGAAUUCUUCAGUGGAAUUUCUCACUCCAUCAUGUUUGAAGAGCUUCCAAAUGUCGAUCGAAUUUUGAAGUUGUGCACAGAUAUUUUUUUGGUUCGAGAGACAGGGGAACUGGAACUAGAGGAAGAUCUCUAUGCCAAAUUAAUAUUCCUGUACCGUUCACCAGAAACCAUGAUCAAAUGGACCAGGGAAAAAACAAAUUGAUACCUUAGGACACAGACUGCAAAUCAAGUUAACAUUUGAAUUUUCAAAAAAAAAAAAAAGCACAAUAUUCUCAUAAGAGCUAAACAUUUCUAGUUCGAUGGAAAUGGUUUCUCUUCUGGCAGGUGGCCAAAAGGAGUCAACUUCCUUUUGCAAUCAAGCUACCUUGCAAGUUAAGGCGCUAUUGAAAAAGUUAUUUGUAAUUCCAUUUCUCUGCAGUCAGGGCUACUUGCUUUAUGUUUAGUCAACGGUGUCUUGCAUUCUGAUUGACUACGUGAAGGAAUCAUUGAUGGGUCUCUUCCCUCAGAGAAACAGAAGAGAGGGAGAACGAAGAGGAGAGACUCCCGUGUUCUCCCGUGCAGGGCCCGUGGCCCCUCCUGCAGAGAUGCUGUGAUGCAGUAUACAGCGCUCUGUCGCCAAAGGGGAGGCUGCUGUGAGGAGAACAGAUGGGCCUCAGCACACCCCGAAAGGCAGCAGCAAUAGCAGGCUGAAAAUUCCUGAACAAUUCUGAGGGGAGAGAGACAGGGAGCCGAUGGCUGUGAAGACGCCAGUGGAAGGAUAAGCCUCAUUCUAAGCAAAAAGUGAUAUUAGCGACACUCUUACUGCCUUAUCUGAACUGAAGACUCAUAAGAAAUCUUUCCAUUAAACACCAGUGACGUCUCAGGAAAAAAAA